UGUGUUCGUGAUGUUGGUGAUGGCUAUAGCUGAUGGGCAACACGUUAGUAUUAGUACGCAAUAGAUCAGUAGUUUCUAGAGUAAAAGAAUUGAGAUUUGCGUUGUUAAAUAAAUUGAACGAUAAAAUUAUUUUAACAAAGCCUAAAUUAUUAACAACCAAAAAUCAUUUGAUUGAAAAACCGUAUUUUGAAUUAUUUAUAAUGCCACCAAAACGUGGACGUGCCGCUAAGGACAAAGAAGUCGUUGAAGAAACGAACGGUCAUCCGGUAGUCGAAAGCGAACCUGUUCGCAAAGGACGUACUCGUCAAGUUGUUGAUAAAAAAUCUAAAGAAGAAAACGUCGAAGAAAAUGUUGAAGAAGUUGCGGCAAAAAAAAGUAAAACUUUGAAAGGAGACAAACAGAAAAAGGAUGAAAAUGAUGCUGAUGACAAAGAGGUAGUGGAGACGGGUAAAAAAACUAAAGCAGCUAGAGCUGGGAAGAAGGAUAAAAAAAAUGACGAAGAUGCUAUGAUUGGAGAGGAAGUUGAGAAAAAAGUCAGAGCUGUCAGAGGGAAGAAGAAGGAAAAUGAUGCUAACGAAGAUGCUACGAGUGAAGAAAGUGUUGAAGUUGAGAAGAAAGGAAGAGGGAGAGGUAAAAAGGAGAAGAAAGUCGAUGAGGAAGAUGCUGCUAGUGAGGGCAGUGUUGAAGUAGAUAAGAAAAGUAAAACUUCAGCUAGGGGACGGAAGAAGAAGGAAGAGGAUGGUACGGAAGAGGAGACAAAGAAGGCUAAGGCUCCAUCAAAGGCUUCGAAGAAGAAGGAUGAAGAGGAGGAGAAGAAGCCUGUGAGAGGACGCAAGAAGAAGAAUGAAAAUUCUGAUGAAGAAAUUGAUGCAAAGGCUGAUAAAAAAGUCAAAGCCUCUUCUAAGGCUGCUGCUAAGAAUAAGAAAGAUGAAGUAGCAGAGGAUAGCGAUGAGAAGAUGGAAGAAGGCCAAGCUGAUCAGAAGCCGAAUGAUGAGGAGAUGGGUGAUGAAGAGCAAGAGAAAAAAUCCAAGCCGAAAGCUGGUAGGAAGAAGAAAGCUGAUCAAGAUGUUGAUGAAGAAGUUGAAGAAGCUCCCAAGAAGACUAGAGGUACUAGAGCUGCUAAAAAGAAGAGUGAUGACGACAAUGCUGAGGAUGAUGAACCUGCUCCUAAAAAAGCUAAAACUCCAGCCAAUAGAACUGACACUGAUCUUGAUAGUUUGAAUUAUGAUUGUGACAAAGAAAACGCCAAUGGACAGAAACCAAAUAUUAAAAUAUGCUCAUGGAAUGUCUCUGGUGUGAGAGCACUAUUGAAGAAAAAUGGCUUCGAAUACAUUCUCAAAGAAAACGCAGAUAUUAUUGCACUACAGGAAACCAAAUGUGAUCUAGAUAAAUUACCUGAAGACAUUGAAUUGCCUGGCUACAAACACAAAUUCAUUCAAAGUAAUCAGCCUGGUUAUUGCGGGAUUGCUAUUUACUCAAAACAAGACUUCAUUAGUGUCACUGAAGGUAUAAAUGACCCGGAACUUGAUACAGAAGGGCGUAUGUUGACGGUUGAGUACCCAGAGUUCUAUGUUAUCAAUGUAUAUGUUCCCAAUGCUGGUGACAAACUGAAAACUAUGGACAAAAGAUUGAAAUGGAACAAACUAUUCCUUGAACGGGUAAAAGAACUUGAUGCCAAGAAGCCGGUGAUAAUUUGCGGUGAUUUAAAUGUCGCACACAAGGAAAUCGAUUUGAAAAAUCCUAAAACCAAUACCAAACAUGCUGGAUUUACGCCUGAAGAACGUGAAGCAAUGACUGAACUGUUGGAUGCUGGAUUUGUUGAUACCUUCCGUCACUUCUAUCCUGAUAAAACAGAUGCCUACACCUUUUGGUCGAAUAUGGGCAAGGCACGUGAAAAGAACGUUGGAUGGAGAUUAGAUUACUUUAUUGUGUCUGAUAAAAUUAAAAAUAAUAUCUGUGAUACCGUUAUACGGGAUCAAGUUUUCGGAAGUGACCAUUGUCCUAUUAUUUUAUAUGCUAACAUGUAAAUGAUGACUUCUUUACCCUCAUUUCCUCAGCAUUUAUUAUUAAUUUUAUUACUAUGUAUUUAAUUAUUUAAUUAAUAUGUAUUGUAAUUCUGUUUCAUUUUUUAGCCAUUGAAUAAAUAAUAUAACUCAUUUAAUAAAUAAAUACUUUUGAAUAUUA